UGGCGGCACAACAACCAUAACCUCUCUAGGUACAGGUCAACGAACGGAUCUCCAUGCUGAGUCGGAGUAAGCAUUUCCAGCGCCCAUCAUCAACGCUUCCAAACCUACCCAAACUGGCAUUUCACGCACCUCCCUCGGGGUCCCACGAAGGAAGCUAGCCACACGACAAUGAGCAUGUCGUGCAACAGCACUGCAUCAGAGUGUCACCUGCCGUUCUCCACGCUUUGCUCAGACUUACCUGAGCAGGCAGUUUGGUCAUUGACGUCGCUGCAGAUGGCUCGACGCUAUGUUGUCGCCUCCACGGUCCGCGAUCCUUCUCAGACAGGACUUUUCGCAGAGUCUCUGGACAGGUGCGUGUGAAUGAAACGAGAGGCACUGCGAUCUAUGACUUCCUCGCCACUUCCUAAUGCCGUAUAUUGGGCUGGGAGUGCGACGCAAGACAUCCAAGUUUACGCCAAGAGUGCAGAAAUGAUAACACAGCGAUCGAAGCCGCACCUCUGCACUCUCUCUGCGCGACCGACGAUGUCCAUGAGCAAUUCAGUUGGAUGUACGAUGACACUGGGGACUGCUGUGGAAUACCACCGUACCAGCACAUCUCCAGACCAAGCCUUCUCCCCCCACCAAGGCCCAGCGGGUAUCUCCUACCCUCCCACCCCCUCCUACAAAAAGACAUCAGAAUCCCAAAAACGUCUGUCGCCCUCCCCAUCCAAGCACACCGCUCAAGCGAUACCACACACGUCUUUGACGGACUGUGGUCGGAGCUGGCUCAUCGCUUGCCCUUGUCUCAGCCCUGGUGUGGGGUAUGGCUUUGUGUUCGCUUCGUGCUCGACUGUGCUGCUCGCUCGACUGUGGGGUUGUGUGUCUGGCGGCAUGGUAUAGUCUGGAGCGGGAGGUGUCGAUGCGUCGUGCAUGGCGUUUCGCGAGGUGGAAUGGCGAGGCGUGCAUCACAGACAAGACUAGUGUUGCUCGGCGUGGGAAUCGCGUCGUUCAGCUGCGGAUGAUUGCUCACUGGCACCCAUUCAAUCAAAUUCAC